GAGCGAGGGGCUCGCUCGGUGCCUCCCCCUUUCUUCGCCCCUCUCCUUCCUUCCCUCCUUCCCUCUCUCCGUCCCUCCCUCCCUUCCUCUCUCCCUCUCCUUCCCUCCCCCCUCCGCCAUCCGUCUCCUGCCGGGUCCGGCUGGGAGCGUGUGUGCAAUAUAUUACGUUGCAAGGUGUGUGUGUGUGUGCGUGGAGAAGAGGGAGGGAAGGAAGGAAGGACUCGCGAGGGAGCCGGGGCUGCCCCAGCCCCCCCCUAUGUGAGCCCCCCCGGGCGGCUGGAUGGCGAUAGACCGGCGCCGCGAGGCGGGCAGCGGGGGCCGGCCGCUGCCGGAGGAGAACGGCUCCGUGCCGGGGGCCGUGGGGGGGGUUGCUGCCGCCCCCCCCCGGGGCCGCCCCCCGCCAGCCGCCGGGGCCGAGAUCCAGGCGGUGCCGGUGCCGCCGCCCGCCGCCGCCUGCAGCCCGCUGCUCCUCGACUACGACGGCUCGGUGCUGCCCUUCCUCGGGGUGGGCGGCGGGUACCAGCGGACCCUGGUGCUGCUCACCUGGGUCCCGGCGCUCUUCAUCGGCUUCAGCAAGUUCUCGGACUCCUUCCUCCUGGACCAGCCCGACUUCUGGUGCCGAGGCGGACGGGCAGGGAACUGGAGCGGGUCCCUGGCGCCGGGCCACGCCAACCGCAGCGGCAACGGCAGCAUCUUCCCCCCGCCCGGGCUGCCCACCCCCGCGGGGGGCAAUGCCAGCGAGUGCGACUGUCACGAGUGGCACUACCGCAUCAGAGCCGGCCUCGUCCAAAACGUCGUGAGCAAGUGGGAUCUUGUUUGUGAUUCUGCCUGGAAAGUCCACAUUGCUAAAUUCUCCCUACUGGUAGGAUUAAUCUUUGGCCACUUAAUAACAGGAUGUAUAGCUGACUGGGUUGGUCGACGGCCUAUACUGCUCUUCUCUGUCAUAUUCAUUUUGAUAUUUGGACUGACUGUGGCACUCUCAGUGAACGUGACCAUGUUCAGCACACUCAGGUUUUUUGAGGGGUUUUGCCUGGCUGGAAUAGUCCUCUCCCUGUACGCACUGCGGAUAGAGCUCUGUCCUCCUGGGCACCGGUUCAUGAUCACCAUGGUGGCGAGCUUCAUCGAAAUGGCGGGGCAAUUCCUCAUGCCAGGGCUGGCUGCCCUCUGCAGGGACUGGCAGGUCCUCCAGGCAGUCAUCAUCUGUCCUUUCCUGCUGAUGCUGCUUUACUGGGUUAUUUUCCCAGAGUCCCUUCGGUGGCUGAUGGCUACACAACAGUUUGAGGCAUCCAAGGAACUGAUCCUUCAGUUCACGCAUAAGAACAGGAUGAACACGGAAAGCGACAUCAAAGGAGUGGUGCCCGGGCAUAGGAUGGACGAAUCAGUGCAUAGGAUGGACGAUGCUGUGGGAAUGAAGCUGUUGUCUGUUCCUCAUUUGUUGCAGAAUUUGGAAGAGCUGGAAAAGGAGAUCGCCAGGAGACCGAAGAAAGUCUGCAUUGUUAAAGUGGUGGGGACCAGGAACCUGUGGAAAAACAUCGUAGUGUUGUGUGUGAACUCGCUGACUGGUUACGGCAUACAUCACUGUUUUGCAAAAAGCAUGAUGGGGCACGAAGCAAAGAUGGCGAUUACGCACAACUUCUAUGCAGACUACUACACCAUGGCUGGGAUUGCGCUGGCAUCCUGCCUGGCCAUGUGCCCAGUGGUCGGGUUUCUGGGGAGGAGAGGAGGACUCCUGCUUUUCAUGAUCCUCACAGCUCUGGCAUCACUUCUGCAGCUGGGCCUUCUCAACUUGAUCGGAAAAUACAGUCAACUUCCAGACUCAGGUAUGAGUGACAGCGUCAAAGACAAAUUCUCUACCGCGUUUUCCAUCGUGGGUAUGUUUUCUUCGCAUGCCGUUGGAAGCCUCAGCGUGUUCUUUUGUGCUGAAAUCACACCCACAGUAAUCAGGGGAGGCGGGCUGGGGCUGGUCCUGGCCAGCGCGGGCUUUGGCCGCCUGACCGCCCCCAUCAUGGAGCUCCACAACCAGAAAGGCUACUUCCUCCACCACGUCAUCUUCGCCUGCUGUACGCUCAUCUGCAUCAUCUGCAUCCUGCUGCUGCCGGAGAGCAAGAACCAGAACCUGCCCGAGAACAUCCCGGACGGGGAACAUUACACCCGGCAGCCCCUCCUGCCGCACAAGAAGGGGGAGCAGCCCCUGCUCCUGACAAACUCUGAACUCAAGGAUUACUCCGGCCUCCAUGACUCGGCAGCUGUGAGCGACGGGAUCUCGGAGAACACCACUGCCAACGGGAUGAAGUCAAUGUAACCGGGUGGAUUUUUUUUUCCUUCUUUUUUUGGUUGGGUUUAUUUUUUUUUUCCUUCUCCUCUUUCUUUUGUAUUUUAUUUGAUGCUGUUGUGCAGGAGGAGCAGCACUUUGGGCAAAGGUGUUUUGCACAGAUUUUACAAACCAGUGAUGGAGCAGACACAGACUUGGGGGAAUUCAACUCUGCUGCUAAAGCAACUUUUGGCAUCUUCAACUAUUGUGCAGAUUGCUCUUGAAUAAUUUAUGGGGGAAAAGACUCAUCUGAGAAAAGACCUGAAUGGAGGUAGCCCUUCAGAACUCUUUUUUUCCUGCCAUUAAAUAUGUAUAUUUAUUUUGA